AUGAAAAUCAACAAUGCUACAGAUCGAGCCGCUGUCAUGAUCGACCCUGUUAAUCUAAAUCCAGAAUUGACGCAUCGAGAUGAUAUCUCUCCGUCGAUUCUAGUAGAAUCAGAUCGGUACCUGUUAAGUGUUCAUAACAUUUCAAGAGUUGAUUUUGUGAGUUUGUCGGAGGCUCCUGUACUUAAUGCUUGGACAGGUAGCUAUUCACAUUUGUUUGGCUCAGAAUUGGCAAGAUUGAAUCAGAUAGCUGAGAUGAACUCAACUAACAAACUCUUGCAAGUUUCAAUAGCUGAACGCGAAGAAGAAAGAAUGGCCCCCUUGCAGACGCAAUUUGCUCAGGCGACCGGUUCAGUGACACAUGUUCCUAUUUGUAGAACUCGGGUCCAUCUGGGUGCAUUAGGGUUGUGAUUUCCUUCUGGUUAUGGCUUCAUACAACACACAAUCGUAACUGGAUGAUGAAUUUGUGUAUUACAUAAUUAACGACCAUAAAAUUAUUAAUGAUAAAUACCAAAAUGAACAUUAUAUUAGGAUACACCGGGCAGUUUAGCUGCAAUAUUCAGGCCGACAAUGUCUAUUGUACAAGCUUUUUAUACGUCUAUGUUGAUAGAAGAAACAUAUGUUGUUCUUUGGGUGCAUGGCGGAGUAUUCUAUGUUUGGAACCCCUUUAAUUUCAAUCGGAUCAAUGUAUUUGUAUGAGUAUAA